CAAAACCUGAGGGAGGAGAGAGAAGAAAAUGGAGCGUGAGUGACAAUCAGACUAGAAUGAGAGUGAAUGGGAGCAAAUGCUGCAGCCCCGUCGCCCAGAGCACCGUCCCCCACGUGCUCACACCCCCAGCGAACCCUCCCGGGGAGACCUGUGAAGGCUCUUUUAAAUAAAAGAAGACGGAGGAAUACAUAUCCUCAAGUUGAAAGGGACUCAGCCCGGUUACCACUUCCGUCUGCUUUCUGAACUUUUCGUUUUGGUCUCCUGCGGGCAGGAGUGAGUCUUGCCAACCCCCUUGCCUUUGGCUGAGAGUCAUCUUGUCCUCCUCCGCUCUAGGCUUCCCUCCUCCCUCCCCUCCCCACCCGCUCCACCCCCCUAGUAGGGAGGCUUUCAGUGCCUACACCUCCCGAGCUGGGGACCUCAAUUACAAAGUUGGGAGGGAGUGCGUAAGUCCGGGAAGGUCCACGGCGACCGGCAGCGUGCCCUGCGGCUGUCCUCGGCUUGGACCACACCUGAGCAUCUCCCUGGGCGCGACCCCGGCUCUCCUCCCAGCCUCCGCGCUCAGGCACCCGUGCGCUGCUCCCGCGCGCUCGCAGCUCCACAGCGGCGAGAGGGGGAAGGAGGACAAGGGGUGGAGAAAGUCGGGGUGCGCGGGUGGUAGGCAUCUCCCUCCCCUCGGGAGCCCGGGAAAUCCCGGCCGCCACCAGGGGCCGUGCCACCACCCUCGCGGGACCGAGGCUUCCGGCGCGCCCCCAACUUUGUGGCACCCCCAGGCAGCAGCGGCUGGGAUGGAGCUACCUCCCCGCGGCCGGGCUCCGCCCGACUCACCGCUGGACAGCUGCUCCCUGACCUCGCUGGAAUCCAGCGUCUUCUGCAGCGAGGGCGAAGGGGAGCCCCUGGCGCUCGGGGACUGCUUCACGGUCAACGUGGGCGGCAGCCGCUUUGUGCUCUCGCAGCAGGCGCUGUCUUGCUUCCCGCACACGCGCCUUGGCAAGCUGGCCGUGGUGGUGGCCUCGUGCCGGCGCCGCGGGGCUCUAGCCGCCGUGCCCAGCCCCUUGGAGUUCUGCGACGACGCCAAUCCCGUGGACAACGAGUACUUCUUCGACCGCAGCUCUCAAGCGUUCCGCUACGUCCUGCACUACUACCGCACCGGCCGCCUGCAUGUCAUGGAGCAGCUGUGUGCGCUCUCCUUCCUGCAGGAGAUCCAGUACUGGGGCAUCGAUGAGCUCAGCAUCGACUCCUGCUGCAGGGACAGAUACUUCAGAAGAAAGGAGCUGAGUGAAACUUUAGACUUUAAGAAGGACACAGAAGACCAGGAAAGUCAACAUGAGAGUGAACAGGACUUCUCACAAGGACCUUGUCCCACUGUCCGCCAGAAGCUCUGGAACAUCCUGGAGAAACCUGGGUCUUCCACAGCUGCCCGAAUCUUUGGAGUCAUCUCCAUCAUCUUCGUGGUAGUGUCCAUCGUCAACAUGGCCCUGAUGUCAGCCGAGUUAAGUUGGCUGGACCUGCAGCUGCUGGAAAUCCUGGAGUACGUGUGCAUUAGCUGGUUCACCGGGGAGUUUGUCCUGCGCUUCCUAUGCGUGCGGGACAGGUGCCGCUUCCUGAGAAAGGUGCCAAACAUCAUAGACCUCCUUGCCAUCUUGCCCUUCUACAUCACUCUUCUGGUAGAGAGCCUGAGUGGGAGCCAGACCACACAGGAGCUGGAAAACGUGGGGCGCAUCGUCCAGGUUUUGAGGCUGCUCAGGGCUCUGCGCAUGCUAAAGCUGGGCAGGCAUUCCACAGGAUUACGCUCACUUGGGAUGACGAUCACUCAGUGUUAUGAAGAAGUUGGCCUACUGCUUCUGUUUCUGUCUGUGGGAAUUUCUAUAUUUUCUACUGUGGAGUACUUUGCAGAGCAAAGCAUUCCUGACACAACCUUCACAAGUGUCCCUUGUGCAUGGUGGUGGGCCACAACAUCCAUGACUACCGUGGGAUAUGGGGACAUUAGACCAGACACCACCACAGGCAAAAUCGUGGCCUUCAUGUGUAUAUUAUCGGGAAUCCUUGUCUUGGCCUUGCCUAUUGCUAUUAUUAACGACCGCUUCUCUGCUUGCUACUUCACCUUAAAGCUCAAGGAAGCAGCUGUUAGACAGCGUGAAGCUCUGAAGAAGCUUACCAAGAAUAUAGCCACUGACUCAUAUAUCAGCGUUAACUUGAGAGAUGUCUAUGCCCGGAGUAUCAUGGAGAUGCUUCGAUUAAAAGGCAGAGAAAGAGCAAGUACUAGGAGCAGUGGAGGAGAUGAUUUCUGGUUUUGAAUUCACUUUGAUUUUAUUUACAAAAGCUUGUGUAAAAGUAACUCAAUUGAUAAAGCCUUGAUAUGGAUGUCUGUAUACUGCUGAGGAGUCUCUUUUGAGUACUACCUGUGUUAAUUUUUGCUGAUACAUUGCUUGGUCUGCUAGAAUAGUUCACAUCCCCCAAAACAACUACACAUUGCUUUGACACACCUGAGCCUCAAAAAUUGCCAUUUAACACAACCCAAUACAACUAGACCAAUAUACACAUGUCUGAAUUGUCAAAUAUAAGAUAAUAUUGCAAUACCUCCAACAAAGUUAAAAGUUUUAUGUAUCACUAAUGUUAACAGAUUUUUGCAGCACUAAUUUUUAAAAAAAUGGAAGUUAAACUGCAUAGCCCAGUGAAAAGAUAAGUGAACAUUUAAGAACACAGUGAACAACUUUGCAAUUUAAAGAUAUUUUCCAAGUAAAUAAAUCAGUCUUUUCUCCAUCAGUUAGAGCUGAUGAAUAUAACAAUUGGCUUUUCAAGAGAAAAUCCUGAUUUGAUGGUCAUAGAUGGUGUCCCUUUCUUCCCUCUGGUGCAUACUGCUGGCUACAGAUGGACUGAGCUCUGUAUUCCCUCAUUACUCUUGGAGGUGGGAUCCUGAAAGUGCUUAGACUGCGAUAGAAGAGUAAUGCACAAAGACUUCGAGAAUUAUCCAUCUUCAUCCUCCCCACUGAGGGCAAUAUGUGGAGUACAAAGCUGAUACCUCUGAGUACUCCAUGGAAAUUAGAUGGUCUUAAAAAAUCUCAUUAUUGAUAUAGUGUUCAAGUUAUGUCUUUAAAAUCAUGAAUAUGUAAAUGGGAGGUAGUGAACAUCCAAAAUUUAUGCACUGAAAUUAUUAAAUAGUCUUAUUUCAUAAAAUGAUAUGUUGAAUGAUAUCACUGGAUGAACUUGAAGAUCUUUUAUUUGUCAACAAAAAAUAUUAUGGAUAGCUCUCUGAUUGUUGGGGUAAAUAGCAAAUGUUCAAAGUUUGCACGCAUUUGGACAGCAUUUUGACAGUAGUUCAUGAUAAUAAAAUUCCUAGACAUUCUGUUACAUAA